CUCCUUUCCAUAUAUGUAUAGGACUUGAAUUAAUUAAUUAAAUAGAUUUAUUUAUUAUUCUAAUUCAUUAUUAUUAAUAUUUCGAAAAGGACGGCAUUUAUUUUAAGGUUCAAAAUUUGCGAAGAAAAUGCAGGUUGAUGGAAUUUUCUAGAUUGUUCGAUAAUCUAGAAAAGCAUAAUGCACUAAUUGAUAAUUUUGGAAUAGUUACCUGAUAAUCUAUUAAACAUGGCAAAAAAUUUAUUUAAUUUCAUAUUUUAAAAGAAUAACCGCGAAAAUAGUGUGACGUCAUGUACUAUUGAGCGAUUAGUUGCGUUCAAAAAUCUACUCUGAAUACAGUCAUAUUUGAUUGGCCAAUCAUGACAGGAAAAACAAAGCUUUCCGAUUGAUCGAUCAAAGUUACUGCACUCGAUAGGUUUUUGAACGCAAUCGGUUACGUCAUGCAAAUACAUUUUCACGUUGGCGGCAAGACGGCCAUAUUGUUUUUUUAGAAAUCGAGAAACUGUCGUUCUCUGUAAUUUUUUCUCGCAAAUAUCGAGAAGCAAAUCACAGGAUUUGUUCGAUUAAAUCUGAGUUAAGUCUUACUUAAUUCUCAAUUUGCGCGCGCAGUUAUGUCAGAGGAUCCCCAUCAAGAAAUAUUCGAUCAGACCAACAAAGCGCAGAUGGAAUUAAAAAUCAGGCUCGAACAGGUGUCGAAACUCAGGAUUGAUUGCGCGAGAAUGCAACUGGAAUUAUUAAAGCUCUACAAACCGCAAUGUUUGGAGAUAUUGGAAUCAUUGCAGAUCGUUUCCGAGCCCGUGAGUCCCCCCAGCAAUGAUGAUGAUGAUGACGAAGACACGAUCGGGUUGCGCAUUGACGAAAAGAGUAGCGAAGUCCUUCGCGCGAAUGAAGACGUAUCAAGAACGAUGUAACCUGUAACGCAACUACGUAAGGCAAAACAAGAUCAAUUAUCCAAUUACUGUCACUCGUAAAAAAUUUUUUCUUACUUUAUGUAUAAAUGAACACUAUAAUAGUUGUAAACAAAAUGAUACAUAGUAAAGCAAAAAAAUAUAUUAUAGAUUGUAAAAGAAAGAAACUAUAACGAAAAAAUAUUUCAGAUUUAGUUAGUAUAAUUAAAUAAUUAAAGAGAGAAAUGAAUUAAAUAAAUAUAAAGGAGUUAAUAUACAUUAUUAUAAAUUAAGUUAUUAAAAUAUAAUGAAACAAUUAAGGACACACAAAUACAAGCUAUCAUGCAAUAUGAACGUCUCUUUCGAGAUCGAUAAAAUUCUGUUCUU